AUGAAGAUAUUUCCAAUAUUACUUUUAAUACAAGCUUUUUUAUUCUUUUACCAACAAAAUGCAGAAUCGAAAAAUAUAAAAUUUAAUAUAGAUGGAAAAUUACAUACUAUUUUAUAUGUUAAAAAAAAAGUAAGCUUUUCUGAUUUAGAUCUUUUAAGUGUUAUGUAUCAUUCUAACCAUGUGAAACAUUGCGGAAAUUCAAUUAUUCAGUAUCUUCUUAAAUUAUCAUCAAAUGAUAUAUUCCAUAUGAACUUUGUAGUAAGACAUAUAGAAAUAACUUAUAAAAAUGUAUUGAAAUAUAACAACAAAUAUAAAAUAAUUGGUGCUAUUACUGAUUAUGGAAAUACCUCUAUGAAGAUUUCUUUAUAUGGUGUAGGAUCAAGUAGUGAUGAAAUGAACAAAAACUCAAGUUUUACAAAUUUAUUGCUUAAUAAUUCAGAAUCAGAUGCAAAUGAAGAACAAAAUAUUCAUAAAAUUUUAGAUAAUUAUGAUGAAGAUGAUGAUAGCAGUUCAAUUAAUUUAAGUAAUCAAGAGAUAAGUAAAUUAAAAGAGAAAAAUUGUGUUGUGUAUUUUUCAGUUAAUUAUGUUUUAGUAAAAGUAGAUAAAAAUGGAUUAAAAAGACCUAUUAAAUCUAAAUUUAAGGAAGAAAAUCUACCAAUGGAAGUUGAACAAGUGGAAGAUUUAGCUAAGGCUUUAUGUUAA